UCAUCGCGUCAUCACACGCACAGUGUUUUUGCUUCGUCUCUUUCAAACCGCGGAGAGACUCUUGCGUUUACACCCUCGGUUUUCCCUCUCGGUUUGGACUUCCCGGCCUCAUCCGAUGCUCGAACGCCCGCGGCGGAUCUCGGGGAGCGGCGCGAGGCUCGGUGACGCGGGACGCGGCGAAAGCGGGGAGUUUUCUGAGGCGAUUUAUUGCGCAUGUUCGCGAGCCGCCCGAAUGAACGCGGAUCGAUAAAACGCCGAGAUCUGAUCAAAACACGGCGGAGCCCGACGAACGGAUCGGUUCCGCGAGCGGGGUCCCGGCGAGCCCAGCCUGAUCGCGCCGAUCGAUACCGCGCCGAUAUCCGAUCGAUCGCCGAGGAGAUGCGCGCGCACUGAUCGCCUCAGGGAUCGAUAGCUGAGAGAUAACACAUGCUGGAGCUCCGCCGCUGUCUGGAGGAUGCCAUGGUCACAUUAGGCAGGUGUGCUCUUCCUCCUCCUCCUCCUCUGGUGUGUCGGAUCAGGUGGAUGUGAGACACACGCGCGCGCACACACACACACACACACACACACACACACACACACACACACACACACACACACACACACACACAUCAUGCAGGCUGCGCCCUUCCAGUAUGACUUCUACAGUGAGGAGAACGCGCCCAAAUGGAGAGGACUGCUGGUGCCGUCACUCAACAAGGUGCUGAGUCAGGUUCACCCGAAGCUGUCGUCUCAGCAGGAAGCUCUGCAGUACAUCGAGGGUCUGAUCCUGGUUCUGUUGAACACUCUGUGUCAGGCUCAGCCGCGCACCGUUCAGGACGUGGAGGAGCGUGUUCAGAGAAGUUUUCCUCACCCCAUCGAGAAAUGGGCCAUCGCCGACGCUCAGGCAGCCAUCGAGAAGAGGAAGAGGAGGAACCCGCUGGCGCUGCCCGUCGACAAGAUCCACCCGCUGCUCAAGGAGGUUCUGGGGUAUAAGAUCGAUCAUCAGGUGUCGGUGUACAUCGUGGCAGUGCUGGAGUACAUCUCUGCUGAUAUCCUGAAGCUGGCCGGGAACUACGUGAGAAACAUUCGGCACUAUGAGAUCUCUCAGCAGGACAUCACCGUGGCCAUGUGUGCUGAUAAGGUGCUGAUGGACAUGUUCCAUCAGGUGGAGGAGGACAUCAGUGUGUUUCCUCUGGACGAGGAGCCGUCUGCGGCCGAGGAGCAGAUGUACUAUGACCUGGUGAAGGCCUUCAUGGCGGAGGUGCGUCAGUAUCUGCGCGACCUGAACCUCAUCAUCAAGGUUUUCCGCGAGCCCUUCGCCUCCAACACCAUGCUCUUCUCCCCACACGACGUGGAGAACAUCUUCAGCCGGAUCGUGGACAUCCACGAGGUGACGGUCAAGCUGCUGGGGCUGAUCGAGGACACGGUGGAGAUGACCGACGAGUGCAGUCCUCACCCGCUCGUGGGCAGCUGCUUCGAGGACCUGGCCGAGGAGCUGGCCUUUGACCCCUAUGAGACGUACGCACAGGAUAUCCUGCGCAGCGGCUUCCACGACCACUUCCUGAGUCAGCUGUCCAAACCCGGCGCGGCCAUCUACCUGCAGUCCAUCUGUGAAGGCUUCAAAGAGGCGGUGCAGUAUGUUUUACCUCGGUUACUCCUCACACCCGUCUACCACUGUCUGCAUUACUUCGAGAUCUUAAAGCAACUGGAGGAGAAGAGCGAGGAUGAGGAGGAUAAAGAGUGUCUGAAGCAGGCCAUCACAGCCCUCCUGAACCUACAGAGCAGCAUGGAGAGAAUCUGCUCCAAGAGCCUCGCCAAGAGACGCCUCAGCGAGUCGGCGUGCCGCUUCUACAGUCAGCAGAUGAAGGGCAAACAUCUGGCCAUCAAGAAGAUGAAUGAGAUCCAGAGGAACAUCGACGGCUGGGAGGGCAAAGACAUCGGCCAGUGCUGUAACGAGUUCAUCAUGGAGGGGACGCUCACGCGGGUCGGGGCCAAACACGAGCGCCACAUCUUCCUGUUCGACGGCCUCAUGAUCUGCUGCAAGUCCAACCACGGCCAGCCCCGUCUGCCCGGAGCCAGCGCCGCCGAGUACCGGCUCAAGGAGAAGUUCUUCAUGAGGAAGGUCCAGAUCAACGACAAGGACGACAAGGAGGGCGAGUACCGGCACGCCUUCGAGAUCAUCCUGAAGGACGGGAACAGCGUGGUGUUCGCCGCCAAGUCAGCGGAGGAGAAGAACGGAUGGAUGGCGGCGCUGAUCUCGCUGCAGUACCGCUCUACUCUGGAGCGCAUGCUGGACACGGCCAUGCUGCAGGAGGAGAAGGAGGAGCAGAUGAGGCUCCCCGGGGCCGAGGUGUACCGCUUCGCCGAGCCCGACUCCGAGGAGAACGUCGUGUUCGAGGAGAACGUCCAGUCCAAGUCCGGCAUUCCCAUCAUCAAAGCUGGAACGGUGCUGAAGCUCAUCGAGCGGCUGACCUUCCACAUGUACGCUGAUCCUAAUUUCGUCAGGACGUUUCUGACCACGUACCGGUCGUUCUGUAAACCUCAGGAGCUGCUGGAUCUGCUCAUGGAGAGGUUUGAGAUUCCUGAACCCAAACCCACGGAAGCGGAUCAGAUGGCCCUGGAGAACGGAGACCAGCCGCUGAGCGCAGAGCUCAAACGCUUCCGGAAAGAGUUCGUUCAGCCGGUGCAGCUCAGGGUGUUGAACGUGUGCAGGCACUGGGUCGAGCAUCACUUCUAUGACUUUGAGAGAGACGCUCAGCUGCUGCGGCGGCUGGAGGAGUUCAUCGGUAUGGUGAGAGGUAAGGCCAUGAGGAAGUGGGUGGAGUCCAUCACUAAGAUCAUCCAGAGGAAGAAACAGGCUCAAGCCAACGGCCCCAGCCACAACAUCACGUUUGAGAGCUCGCCGCCGCCCAUCGAGUGGCACCUGUGCAAAGCGGGACAGACGGAUCAGUUUGACCUCAUGACCCUUCACCCCAUCGAGAUCGCCCGGCAACUCACGCUGCUGGAGUCCGACUUCUACAGGGCGGUCCAGCCGUCGGAGCUGGUGGGCAGCGUCUGGACUAAAGAAGACAAGGAGAUCAAUUCCCCGAACCUGCUGCGAAUGAUCCGGCACACCACCAACCUCACGCUGUGGUUCGAGAAGUGCAUCAUAGAGACGGAGAACGUGGAGGAGCGCGUGGCCAUCAUCUCGCGCAUCAUCGAGAUCCUGCAGGUCUUUCAGGAGCUCAACAACUUCAACGGCGUUCUGGAGGUGGUGAGCGCCAUGAACUCCUCGCCCGUCUACAGACUGGACCACACCUUCGAGCAAAUCCCGAGCAGACAGAGGAAGAUUCUGGAAGAAGCUCACGAACUCAGUGAAGAUCAUUAUAAGAAAUAUCUGGCUAAACUCAGGUCCAUCAACCCCCCCUGUGUGCCCUUCUUUGGGAUUUAUUUAACAAAUAUUCUGAAAACUGAGGAGGGAAAUCCAGACUUCCUGAAGAGACACGGCAAGGAACUGAUCAACUUCAGCAAACGGCGGAAAGUGGCGGAAAUAACGGGAGAAAUCCAGCAGUACCAGAACCAGCCGUACUGCCUGCGUGUGGAGAACGACAUCCGGAAGUUCUUUGAGAACCUGAACCCAAUGGAGGACAUGACGGAGAAGGAGUUCGCCGACUAUCUGUUCAACAAAUCUCUGGAGAUCGAGCCGCGCAACGCCCGCACGCUCCCUCGAUUCCCGAAGAAGUACAGCUGUCCUCUGAAGUCUCCGGGUGUUCGCCCGUCCUCCGUCCGCCCGGGAACCAUGCGGCACCCGACGCCGCUGCAGAACGAGCCUCGGAAGAUCAGCUACAGCCGAAUCCCGGACAGCGAGACGGAGAGCAGCGCCGCUUCAGCCCCCAACUCCCCCAGAACCCCCCUGACUCCUCCACCCGCCUCCACCGCCUCCAGCUCCACCGAGAUCUGCAGCGUGUUCGACUCCCCACAGCCUCCCUCCAGCCCCUUCCACUCCAACAGUGACUCUAUAUUCGCUCCGGUGUCUCUGCCUCACGGCCCACGGUCUUCUUCAGUGUCGUCGAUGAUGAGUUUCCUGAGGAACGACGAGCCUCCGGUUCCUCCUCCCAUCCCUCCUCGCCGCCGGCCUGAGUCUGCUCCCGCCGAGUCCUCGCCCUCCAAGAUGAUGUCGAAGCACCUGGACAGUCCUCCGGCGAUCCCUCCCCGUCAGCCCACCUCCAAGGUGUACUCCCCCCGUUACUCUCUGACGGAGCCGCCCGACAGCCCGCCCACCCUGCCGCCGCGGGAGCCGGUGCGGACGCCGGACGUCUUCUCCAGCUCCCCGCUGCACCUCCAGCCUCCUCCUCAGGGCCGCCGCUCCGAGCCCAGCCAGGCCUUCUUCCCUCCGCAGACGCCCGGGCCGCCCGUCCCGCCCCGACACAGCACCUCGCAGUCGCCCAUCCCCAAGCUCCCGCCCAAGACCUACAAGAGAGAGUCGGUGCACCGCGACGGGCCGCCGCUCCUGGAGAACGUGAACCCCUCGUAGAGACGGUGCCGAGACGAAGAGAAGACAGACGAAAGCAACAUGUGCCCUUAAAGGGACGGUUCAGCCCAGAAGAGUCUAGUCACCCUCGAGCUGUUCCAGACCUCUACCAGUCUCCUUCUGCUGCUCCACGCAGGAAAUACAUUCUGAAGAAUGAUGGCAGCCAAACAGCUGACGGCACCCAUAGACCUCCAUAGUAUCGAUUGCCCAUAUAAUGGAAAUUAAGGGGAACGGGAAUUUUUACCAACAUUCUUAAAAGUAAUUAGAAGACACUU